AUGGACGUUAUCGUGGAUGUUCUCGAUACAUUCUUGCUGGAUCGGUUCUAUGCUUGGGCUCUUCCUGCAGCUCCGGGCCUGCAAGGUGUUGCCGAUCCUCUCUUGAAUCAGCAUGUCAAUCUCUAUUACCAUUUAGAGCCUUCUAAAUGGGCGGGAGCGAGUCAAUGGAAACGCGAUCAUGUGGUGAGACAGGCAUUGAGUUUAUUCAUGCUUUCAUGGGCAUUUGCAACAAUACUCUACCUGAGCGGUAGCUAUAUCAUGUACCAUACAUUAUACGACAAAAAGCUAGAACGGCAUCCGCGAUUCCUCAAAAAUCAGAUCCGCAUGGAGCUCCACCAAGGCUUGACAUCAAUCCCGGUCAUGUCUGCUCUCACUGUUCCGUUUUUCCUCGCCGAAGUUCGGGGAUAUUCAAAACUUUAUGACUCUGCGAGCAGUGCUCCAUUUCCGCUGUGGAAUUGGCUUCAGUAUCCGAUUUUCAUUCUGUUCACUGAUACUGGAAUCUAUUGGAUUCAUCGUUGGGAGCACCAUCCUCGUCUUUACCGGUGGUUGCACAAGCCUCACCACAAGUGGGUGGUUCCGACACCGUUCGCUAGCUAUGCUUUCCACCCGUUGGAUGGAUGGGCGCAGAGUCUGCCUUAUCACUUCUUCCCCUUCAUUUUUCCUUUGCAGAAGGUGGCAUACUUGGGAUUAUUCAUGUUUGUCACGAUGUGGACAGUGUUGAUUCACGAUGCCGAAUACAUAAGUUGGUCAAAGGUGAUCAACGAUGCCUCAUGUCACACCAUGCACCACCUUUACUUCAACUACAAUUACGGACAAUACCUCACGUUGUGGGAUCGCCUCGGAGGCACCUAUCACAAGCCCAAGGGGGACAGCUUUAUGGAAAGCAAUGGAGCGGCCUAUUUGGACAGUCACGGAGCUAUGAAGAUCGUCGGAAAGGCUGAAUAA